AGGCGGGCAGGCAGCCGGCCGGGUGGACAAGACCUCCGUCUAUCACCAGGGCAGGUGGAGGAACGAUGGGCCGAGGCCGCCCUCCGCCGGCGCUCCCCUAGAGGCGCUCCGCCCGGGCCCCGCUGCCCCGCCGCCCGCUCUGCGCUCCCCCAAGAACACAGAAUUGUUUGAAAUGAUUGAAAAGAUGCAGGGAAGCAGGAUGGACGAACAACGAUGCACGUUCCCUCCCCCUCUGAAGACAGAAGAGGAUUAUAUUCCCUACCCCAGCGUCCAUGAGGUUCUGGGUCGAGAGGGGCCGUUUCCCCUUAUCUUGCUCCCCCAGUUUGGGGGCUAUUGGAUUGAGGGCACCAACCAUGAACUGACGGGCGUGCUUGAGACAGAGCAGCUCCAGUCUCCGACCUCCAGGGUGAAGCUGGAAUGUAACCACACGGCCACAAUCUACAGGAAGCAUUUCUUGGGCAAGGAGCAUUUCAAUUACUACUCCGUGGAUGCUGCUUUGGGACACCUCGUCUUCUCCCUCAAGUACGACGUUAUUGGGGACCAGGAACACUUGCGCCUGCUGCUGCGGACCAAAUGCCGAACGUACCAUGACGUCAUUCCCAUCUCGUGCUUGACAGAGUUUCCCAAUGUGGUCCAGAUGGCCAAACUGGUGUGUGAGGAUGUCAACGUCGACCGCUUCUACCCUGUGCUGUACCCAAAGGCCUCUCGCCUCAUUGUGACCUUUGAUGAGCACGUCAUCAGCAAUAACUUCAAGUUUGGGGUCAUCUACCAGAAGCUGGGCCAGACUUCAGAAGAAGAGCUUUUCAGCACCAACGAGGAGAGCGCUGCCUUCGUGGAGUUCUUGGAAUUCCUGGGCCAGAAGGUCAAGCUGCAGGAUUUCAAGGGGUUUCGGGGAGGCCUGGAUGUGACCCACGGGCAGACAGGGACCGAAUCUGUCUAUUGCAAUUUCCGGAACAAAGAGAUCAUGUUCCACGUCUCCACCAAGUUACCCUACACCGAAGGAGAUGCCCAGCAGCUACAAAGGAAGCGGCACAUCGGCAACGACAUCGUGGCCAUCGUCUUCCAGGAUGAGAACACGCCCUUCGUCCCAGACAUGAUUGCUUCCAACUUCUUGCAUGCCUAUGUGGUGGUGCAAGCAGAGAACCCCUGUUCAGACAACACCCUCUACAAGGUCUCAGUCACUGCCCGGGACGACGUGCCUUUCUUCGGACCCCAGUUGCCCAACCCCGCCGUUUUCCGAAAGAGCCCCGAGUUCCAGGAAUUCCUCCUGACCAAGCUGAUCAAUGCUGAGCACGCCUGCUACAAGGCAGAGAAGUUUGCCAAACUGGAGGAGCGAACGCGGGCUGCCCUCUUGGAGACCCUCUAUGAGGAACUGCACCUCAACAGCCAGUCCAUGAUGGGGCUUGGGGACGACGACGGCAAGCUGGAGAACGGCAGCGGGAGCGGCGGGGGCUUUUUUGAGUCCUUCAAGCGGGUGAUCCGCAGCCGCAGCCAGUCGAUGGACGCCAUGGGUCUAAGCAACAAGAGGCAGAAUACCGUCUCCACCAGCCACAGCGGCAGCUUCGGACACAACAACCCGGACAUUGCCAAAGCUGCGGGCAUAUCCCUGAUCGUCCCUGGGAAGAGCCCAACGCGCAAAAAAUCAGGACCGUUCAGCUCGCGGCGGAGCAGUGCCAUCGGCAUAGAGAACAUUCAAGAGGUGCAGGAGAAAAGGGAAAGCCCAACUGGGACUGAGAAAACGCCGGACAGCGGCCAUGUGCCCCAGGACCCCAAGUCGGAGGAUUCGUCCAACCCAAGCUCCCCUGAGAUCCCCACCACCAAGAACAGGCCGGAUCCUGUAGCGCACAAGGCAGAGGCCCUGCGGGAUUUCUCACGCUCUUCGUCCAGCGCCAGCAGUUUUGGCAGUGUGGUGGAAGAACAGGAGGGUGGCCAGGAAGACGACACGGGCAUGGAGAGCCGGUCCUCAUCUGGGACCCCGCACAAGCGUGACUCCUUCGUCUACAGCACCUGGCUGGAUGACAGCGUGAGCACCGCCAGUGGUGGCAGCUCUCCAGGCCCUUCUCGCUCUCCCCAGCCAGACCCCGGGAAAUCCACAGACCCCUCCUGCCCAGAAAUCAAAAUCCAGCUGGAGCCUGCAGACCAGCCCCCCCACCUGCACACAGUGAAGAAGCACACGCUGAGGGACUUGUGGAAGGCCCGCCUCUUCGUCAUGGCCCCGUUGGCAAAGCCUGCCUACCCAAGCUUCCGCCCUAAAUGGCUGCCUCCUCUCUCCUCCUCCGGUUGCCUGAGAGACUGCGGAAGAAGGCACCCUAGAAGAGGGAUCUCCCAAGGGAAAUGGUUGCAGGGGCUAUAGACUCUGGCCGGCUGAGGUGUUCAGUGACUCCGCCCCAGUCUCAGUCCAUGACCUGAGCCACAGCCCUGGCCCCCUGCAGUGCCUCGUGGCCAGCCAAAAGACGUGUGGCAGCCCCGGAGAAGACGUCCUGGGGAACAAGGCGAAUAAUCACACACACACACAAGCACAUCCAUAGCUCCUUUCCCUGAGCAGAGAUGGCUGAUCAGCAGGUCACCCGAUGGCAGGAGCUCUGUGUGUGUGCGUGUGUGUGUGUGCAUGUGUCUGUCUCUGGUUCUUCCAUCACACAAACAACCGCAGGGCUAGUAGCUUGCCGGAGAGAACACAGAGCUAGGAGCCUGACCAUUUUGAGGGUGUCAGAGAAGGAAAGCACGGCAAGUGAGGAGUGAGGGAUCCCACCCCCCAUCAGGAGGCAAUUUCCACAGGCCCUCUUGGGAAGUUGGCUUGAGGUGCAAAGCCUGGACCAGCUCCUCUUCACCUGCUGCUUAUGGAGCUGCUGUCCUCCCAUCUUGUCCUGAGCAUCCUAGACCACAUGUCAGGAGGGGGGGGUCACCCAUCAGAAUCAGCUGCCUGCAGUGUGGGGGCGGCGCGCUCUCUUGCCAUUCCCUCUCCCCAGCUAAGACUGGCUGACCUUGGUCCAUUGGACAAUUAUCUUCUUGCGGGGAGGGGACAGGGCAGCUGUGCAGAACUGGGUAGCUUUAUACCAUGGCUUUGAAAACCCCAGCGUGGGUGAGCUGGAUAUGGAGCCCUGCUCCAAGCAACACCUGACUCUCAGAGUGAAUCCCAAAGAGUAACUGACAAUCGUUGGAGACUUUUUUUUUUUGCAAAAGGCCUGUGAGGUCAGUCAGAACCUGAGCCAUGUGACCGGACAUUCGGUGAGCUGCUGCCCUCCAGUUAUCUGCAGUGGAGCACCGCUGGACUGGGACAGUCUACAUGCCCGCUUUGUCUUCGCAUGCCAUGUUAUGUUUUUUAGAGAAAACCAGGAGUAAGAGAAAGCACGGUUAGCAAAGAGGGCAAGUUGUGUGUCGUCAUACUUCACAGUUUGUGGCAAAACUCCAGCUGGCUGCCUCUGGCUGCCUCUCCAUGCACCGGCCAGUCUGUAUCCAUGCUGUACAGUUUGAUGGGGGGUGGGGUGGGGGUCAAUGUUCAUCUCCAACCCCUCCCAGUAGCUCUUCCCUUCCGGGGCUGCCGGAGCAUGGGGAAAAGGAGGGAAUGCUCAGAUUCCCAAAAUGUCCAUAUUUAAUUUUAAAACUGCCUCCUGUAAGUGUGAAUAGAGAAAUUCUGUGGAUGUGUCUGGACCUCUUUUAUGUCUGUGUUUAUCCCAUCACUCCUCCCCUUUCGUUUUAUUAUUUUUCUAAAGAUGCACAAAAUCCAUGAAUUUUUAAAUUAAUGUUCAGACACGAACAUUUCCUCUUUUUGAACUCCAGUGUUGGUGUUUCCGGUGACAUAUGUAUAAAAAAAACCCUAUUUAUUGCUAUUGUAAGAAAAUUCUAUUUGUAAAUGCUUUUUAUGAUAUACAGGCUGGAGAAUAAAAGGAGCAAUCUGUGUA